GAUGACGUAAUCAUUCUCAUCGUUGAGACGCGUCGGGUGACAAAAUCAACAAACCGCCAUUAUAUUGACACGAAGUUAUCGUCUAGUAUUCACCUAGGAUCUGCUCUCCCAGCUGGUUCACUAGGGUUUGAACGGCACAAGAUGCCGCCGAGAAGAUCAGCAAGGACUUCGACGGCUUCUGCGUCGACGAAGGCCCCGGUCUCGACACGUACAACGGCCGCUGCGCCUCCUCGACGAACUAAACGGGUCGUCUCACCUACACCUUCUGCGUCCGAUGAUGAAUUGGCUGGAGGUCUGGAGGACGAGGAGGACGAGCAGGUACCAGCGACAUUAAAGAAAUCUGCAUCCAGACAGGCUGUUGCGAUGGUCGGGAGAGGAAAACCGCCGAAGGCCAUUGCUAAGCCGGUGGCUGCUACGGGCCGUCGAAGAAGUACAAGGAUAUCGUCUGCAGCUUCUAUCUCCUCGAACGCUUCUGAGAUGGAGUCUGCGGAUGGAGAUACGACAGCAAAGUCUGUAUUGGAGGAGGACGAAGACGAAGAAGAAGUAGAGGUCAAUGAGGAGGAAGAAGAGGAAGAAGAGGAGGUGAUUGCAGCGCCAAAGGCUCGAGGUCGUAGGGUGGUGUCGGGCGCCAAGAAUCAGACCAAAGCUGGAAAGGCGAAGAAGAUUGUGCACUCCGAAGAAGACGAGGAAGAAGAGCCAAUCGAAGGCGGCGAGCCAUCGUCUCAACAUGGAGCUGCGAUGCCUCCAAAUGCGAGUGAGGCAUUGGCAGACAUGACCGACAAUGAAAAAACUCCAGCACCUCCAAGAGCAGUCUCUGGUGCUGUUCGACAACCUAUCUCCCCAAUUAACGGUGAAGAUGACGAGCCUGCUGAAGAUGCUAUGCUGGCGCCUGCCCCUAUAUCUGAAACCCAAGUCCCAAUCGAGAUGAAAGGUAGACCUCCCAUACCAAGGUUGCGACUCGAUACAGACUCGGAAAUGGACGUCGAGGAGGCGGAACGUACUAUCAGACUAGACUCGACGUCUGGCUCACCUCCACCUCUCGUCAACAUUCCACCACCUACGCCGGGUCGUACGCCCUCUGCAUCUCGCCUUGGGCCGCCGCCGACCCCGGGACCAAGUCAAAAUCAAUCGCAGCCUCAGCCCUCGGCCAAACCUAAACCGCGAUUGACCAUUCACAAAUUGGUCCUGGUCAACUUUAAGAGUUAUGCUGGAAGACAGGAAAUCGGACCGUUCCACAAAUCUUUCAGUGCGAUCGUCGGACCGAACGGAAGUGGGAAGAGUAACACUAUCGACGCUCUUUUGUUUGUCUUCGGAUACAGAGCGAGCAAAAUGCGUCAAGGAAAGCUCAGCGAAUUGAUACACAACUCAGCGGGCAAAGAAGGACUCGAGUCAUGCUCGGUGGAAGUUUGGUUCAGGGAGAUUGUUGAUCUGCCCGGAGUGAACGAUUUCCUUCUAGUGCCAAACUCACAGCUGGUUGUCACCCGGACUGCGUAUCGCAACAACUCAUCAAAGUACACCAUCAACGAUAGGACAAGCUCUUUCGGCGAAGUCACGGCAUUGCUCAAGGGCAAAGGCAUAGACUUGGACCACAAUCGAUUCUUGAUUCUCCAAGGAGAAGUCGAAUCUAUCGCGCAGAUGAAGGCAAAAGCGCAGAAUGAGCACGAAGACGGACUGCUUGAGUACCUCGAGGACAUCAUCGGAACAACGCGAUACAAGGAACCGAUUGAACAGGCAAAUGCAGAGGUGGAGACAUUAAACGAGGAAAGAGGAGAGAAGAUGAACCGUUUACGAGUCGUUGAAAGAGAAAAGGCCGCUCUAGAGGAAAAGAAGCAAGAGGCCGAAGGCUUUCUUCGCGACUCGAACGAGCUCACGAGGAAGAAGUCUUUGCUUUGGCAAUUUCACAUGUACACUCUGCAGAACAACCUUGACAUCACUUCCAGCGCGAUCCAAUCUUUGACGGCUCAACUGGCCGAGGAGCAGCAGAAGAAUGCCGGUCAUCUAACCGAGAUUGACGACCUGCAGAAAGGCUAUGAUGAGAAGCUGGCAGCGUUCGAAGACGUCAAACGUCUUACGGACGCACUCGUUAAGGACUCCAAGAAAUUCGAGAAGGAAGAAGUCGGGCUCCAGGAGAAGAAGAAGCACUUGUCCACGAAGCAGAAAAAAUUGAAGAAGACGAUUGCAGAGGAUGGUCACGCACGGUCCGAAGCUCAGGCGACGAUCGAUAAUUUGACCUCUGAGCUGGAGGCGAAUCGUAAUAAGGUGACGACUCUCGAGACCAAAUUGGCCGCAGAAGAAGCGGAGCUAGAAGAGGUCAGAGACAGCCUGAAAGACAAAACGGACGAGUUCACCGAUAAGAUCGAAGUCAAGCAACGCGAGCUAGAGCCUUGGACAGCGAAAAUAAGCGAGAAGCAGUCUGCCAUCGACGUAGCUCAAUCUGAGCGGGACAUGCUAGUCGAGAAGGCGUCGAGCGCUGCAGCAGCUCUGGAUGAAGCUCGAAGAAAUCUGGAAUCCCUCAGAAAAGGGGACGGAAGCAAGCAUGAGGAGUAUGAGGAGCUCAAGAAAGAAGCCGUCAAGGUCAAAAAGGCCCUCGCAGGUGGCGAGCAGGGUAUAGAGUCGAUGACGGCUCAAGGCGAGCAAUUGCGCGCCAAACUUUCAUCCGCGAGACAGAAGAUGGACGAUGCCAGGGCUUCGCUCGCAGAGGACAAAUCGGAGAACGCCGUGUUGAGCGGUUUGAACAAGCUCAAGGACCAGGGCAGGAUCAAGGGCUUCCACGGCCGCCUGGGGGACCUCGGUGUCAUUGAUGACAAAUACGACGUGGCGGUGACGACCGCGUGUGGAGCACUGAACAACUUGGUGGUCGACACUGUGGAGCAGGGUCAAGCCUGCAUCGAACAUCUGCGGAAAGGCAAUAUUGGUCGUGCCUCUUUCAUGGUUCUGGAGAAAUUGCCACCGAGAGAUCUGUCAAGGAUAGAAACACCUGAAAACGUUCCGAGACUGUUCGAUCUCAUCAAGCCCAAAGAUCCCAGAUUUGCUCCUGCCUUCUUCAAAGGUGUCUCAAACACUCUGGUGGCGGAGGAUCUCGCCCAAGCUCAGCGAAUCGGGUACGGCAAGAAACGUUGGCGAGUAGUUACUUUGGCUGGCCAGCUCAUCGAUCCCUCUGGUACAAUGUCUGGAGGUGGUAACAAGGUCUCCCGUGGUGGAAUGAGCAGUAAAUUUACCGCAGACAAAGUGGCUCCGGAGGUGGUAGCUCGGUAUGAAAGGGAGUUCGCGGCGGCGGAGCAGGAGCUGGCUGCAUUCCAAGGCGGCAGAAAGUCUGCAGAAGCGGAACUCAACGGAUUCAGAAGGCGUCUGCCGGAAAUUGAGAUUGCCAUGGAGAAGAUUGAGCUAGAUGUUCAGACCGCCACGAAGAGAAUUGCGGAGGCAGAGAAACGACUGAAAGAGUUGCAAUCCGACAGUGAGCCGGACGCUGCAGAUGAGGCCCGUGUCAAGAUUUUGGACAAGCAGAUCGCAUCGCUCACUGGAGAGGCAGACAAGCUUCGCGAGGAAGCCGCAGUGAUCCAGUCACAAAUUAAAGAUCUUCAAGAGAAGAUCAUGGAAGUAGGCGGCGUCCGAUUACGGUCAUGUCAAUCCAAGGUGUCCACCACUAAAGGUCUCCUCGAUCUCGCCAACGAGAGUAUCACUAAGGCCGAAGUGGGUCAGACUAAGGCCGAGCGGGAUAUCGUCAAGCUUGCGAAAGCCUUGGAGGCGAACGGUACCAAGCUGGCAGAAGCAGACGGAGAGCUUGAGGUCGUGGAAAGAGAUCUUCAAGCGUGUACCGCCGAUCUUACCGUCUUGCGUGAAAAGGUGCAAGAGGCUCAGGACGCGAGUACCGAUGUCCAGGAGGACCUGGCUCAAAGCAAGACCGAGCUGGAUGAGAAAUUGGCAGAUAUCAAUGCUUUCCGGAAACUGGAGAUGGACAUCAAACAGAAAAUUGAGGAUAGUCAACGGGUACAAAAGGACAGUAGUGAUAAGCUCAAACACUGGAAGAAGCGUCACGCCGAACUCGAGCUGGCGUAUAUAGAUGAGGAGGACGAAGACGAGGAAGAGGAGCCUGUCGAGGAUCCCGCUCGACAAGCGAGUGUGGAUGGAGGUCCUGCUGGCGAAGACGAACGGCCUGCUCCCAAACAGAAGCGUGAAAAAGAAUCCCACGAGCUGGCCGAGUACAGUCCUGAUGAGCUCCGGGCCGUUGACAAGGAGAUGCUGAACGCGGAAAUCACUCAGCUUGAAGAGGAAAUCGGCAAAGCCAAGCCUAAUCUCACCGUCCUUGCGGAAUACAGGAGGCGGGAAGCCGAAUUCUUGGAUCGAGCAAGGGAUAUGGAAGCGGUCACGUCGCAACGAGAUGCUGCGAAGAAACGAUACGAUGACUUGCGCAAAGUCAGACUAGACGAAUUCAUGGCUGGCUUCUCGGCGAUCAGUAUCAAGCUCAAGGAGAUGUAUCAGAUGAUUACAAUGGGUGGAAAUGCAGAGAUCGAGUUGAUAGAUUCUAUGGACCCUUUCUCCGAAGGUGUCGUGCUGUCCAUCAUGCCCCCAAAGAAGUCUUGGCGUGCCAUUGCCAACUUGUCAGGUGGUGAAAAGACCCUCGCUUCACUAGCGCUGGUCUUCGCCCUACAUGUCUUCAAACCCACUCCUCUGUACUUUAUGGACGAAAUUGACGCAGCUUUGGACUUCAAGAAUGUGUCCAUUGUCGCCAACUACAUCCAGUCCAAAACGCAGGCUGCUCAAUUUAUUGUUAUCUCUCUGCGAAAUGACAUGUUCGAGCUUGCGCAUCGUCUCGUAGGCAUCUACAAGACCUCAAAUUGCACGAAAUCAAUUGCUAUUGACAACAAGGAUCUCACCACUCAAGCAGUUCCCAGACGAGACCCUGCCAUGUCACCGUCAAAGCGUAUAGCAAGGUCACCGUUGCCUGGCGCACCGGGGACAGCACGAAAAUUGCCGCCAGGCACUCCCAUGACGCUGAGCGCAACGUCAUUAUCUGAGGCUACGCCUCGCGUGGGAGCAUGAUCAGGACCUUGUUGAGUAGAGAUUAUCACCUUGUAAAUAAUUUGUACUGUCAAUCUGCCCUAUCUUUGGUUUUUAUGUCUCGAGCGAUGCAAAGGAAAUCUGCGCCUGUUGACGUCUAGCAUUAUGCAUCGGAUCUCGCCAAGAAGAGUGAGGAGCUUCUCCAUGUUGCUGUACGAAUUGGUUGUGUCGUCACAUGUUGCCCAAGAUCUAUGCCCAUUCCCUGGGCUUUUUCAGAACGUCUAUCAAUUCGCCUUCCUUCGUACCCGGUUUGCCCAUAUCAGAUUGGUACUCCCAUCUAGCCGUCUCUGGUAAACUGCACAAGUGUCAGUAGAGAUUUGCCGUGACA